UGCAAGUAGUUUCAACUGUGUGUCAGGAGUCCAUCACAGGUCUGCAGAUAACCUGAAAUCUGUUUGGGAAAAUCUGAAGAAGACGACACGGAAACAGUAUGCAGACGAAAAAGUUCAGAUGGUAACUGGGACAGGUGGAGGACCCCCCACAAAGUGUACAAAUGACCCUAUUUUGGGCCGCGUAUAUACUUUAAUAAAACCUGUAGUUAAAGGACACAAUAAUAUCUUUGACUCAGACUCAGAUGCAGUAAUGGUCAAUACAUUACAAUGCAUAAGUGAAUCAAACAACACAGAAGAAAAUGCAGUCGUAGAGCUGGAAAUAGGUUCGAUGGUGGACAUUGCUACCCUGGAGACUCAAACUAGUACACUUCUUAAUGGAGACUGGUCCCACUACACUCCCUCAAUGCUCAGAGGCCCCAUAUGUCCUGCUCUUGUACCACAAAAUAAUGCCAGUUCAACAUCAUCAGUUUCACCAGUGAUAUUCCCUUGUGUCAAAGAAACGGUUAUGGUAAGCACUGAGCAAGGCAACUGUGAAAGUACUUCAAGAGACCAUAUUCCCGAUAAUAGUAACAAUGUUGCAAAAUCAGUCCUUGAGUGUCAGUUGCCAAACAUCGCGGGGAAGUCUUCCUGGACUCAGAGACGGCGGCCAAAAUUGCAGUCCAGCAAGAACAAUGAAAGAAGUGCCCUCCAUAAAGCUAAAAUUGAACUAAUUGAAUUAUGUAAGAAAUAUGCAACAGAAGAAAAUGAAGCUAUGAAAGAACUGCGUCAAGUGAGAUUGCAACAAGAACAAGAAAGGCUGAAUCAUGAAAAGCUACAGACUGAAUUUAUGACUCUACAGAUUAAAAAACUAAAGAAAGAAUUGGAUGGUUUAUAA